AUGGAAGAAAUAUCCGACAGGUACUGUAUUAUUGACAAGUUUCUGGUGCGCACUUCUGGUGAUGGCGCCCGCAAAAUCGUGGUUCCUAAUCUCUUGUCACUCAAGCCCACUUACGAAGAAAAAGCGAAAAUCAUAGCGGCAUCGCCUUGCGAUCUCCUGUGCUACCGUGACAGCGAGCAGGAUCUCUUUCCCUCGACCUCCAGUCUGCUGUUUGAACUUGUUGACACUGAGGAAAGAGAAUUUUACGAAGAUGGAGACUACACAAAGGCCAUUAACCCCAAAACAAACGCCAGGGGUGCUCGUAACGCGGAAAAGAUGCGUGUGAUUCCCAUCACGUUUUAUUGCAACGUCAGAAAAUACCUUUAUCUCAAGCACAACGAGAUUUCUGUGGAUGACUCUGGCUUGGAGACUGCAACUGCUUUUGUGGCCAAGGAGAACUCCUGUAUCUUCAAGCUCAUGGGGGUGGAUGUCAUAGAACUUUGAGGAAUCGGACCAUGAGCUUUUCAGAAAGUUUGCCGCCGACAGAAACCUGUACAGAACGGAGAUGGACGAGUUGUUCCGCUAUUGUCACGACGAAACGCUGCUCAAAACCGGAAGAUUAUACAGGGCCCCUCGGGUAUACCAGCGCUAGCAAAGCUUGAAGCAAAGACCAUUGAAAACUACUGUCACGAUUUGGCGCCUGUAUUAUAUUUCCUCAUUCAUGUGGACGAGCUUUCAGUUUCAGCUGCUGUUCUGAAUAAGCCUAAUGUGUCACCGUCCCUCCUCAUGGAGAAUCUCGGCAAGAAGCACAAGGUUCCGGAAAAGGCACAUCAUCUGCGCUCUAUCUUUAUCCACUUGCUUCGGGACCUUGCAGCCUCAGAUUUUCUUUUUCUUCUUGUGCGGUUGUUGCCUUACAAACUGGGAGCAUACACGGAGGGCAACAUGGAGCUCGAGACAGUUAGCCUGGUACUUAGAAAAGUAGUGGCGCUAAAAUCAUGGAUCAAGUUUACGGUUUUUUCUGAACGUGCUGGCGAUGACUGUCUUGAAAAGUUGCUGUACUCCGAAACUCCGUGUGAAACUUGGACGACCCUGCAAAGAGUCUAUCGGAGCUUAAAACAGGAAGAAAGAGUAGUUCAACGCUUGGAAGUUGAGUAUAUCGAACCAGAUGCUGCGCUGGUGUGUGGUAAAGUGUUCAACCGCACUUAUAUCAGGAGCUUCUACAAUGACGCUAAAGACAAAUUUGAUGAGCACUUGGCAGCAAUCAACAAAGUGUAUCGCAUGCCGGGCGUUGAAGAAGUUGGCAAGAUCCUAGUUGGAAGGGGAAGGGCCCCAUCUGGAGAAGACCUACAAAACCCGCAUUUCUCGUUCACGCAACUGUUUCCUACGGAUUUGAAGGAUCAAAUAUCUCCAAUCAAAAGACGAGAUUCUGUUGAAGAAAUUGAGAGGAUUGAUGUCCUCGAUGCUAUUCAAAAGAUUACCGUGCAUCUCAUGUGGAUGAUAUGGUUUGCCAUUGCAACUCCGUAUCGUUUUCCUGAGCUUAAUAUUCUGGCGUUUGCGGGAAAAAGGAGGAACGUGUUUGUUGACCCUCAAAAGCGUUGUCUGCAGCUGUACACCUCAUACUGCAAAAACCAAAAGGUGAUAAGCUUGGUAAAGUGGUUGGAUAGGAAGACAUCGCGGUAUCUGUUGUAUUUUAUCAUGGUGCUGAGGCCGUUACAGAAGUACCUCCUGGGUACGGAUUAUGACAGAAUGGAACCGCCACGGAGCGACACCAAAGUUGACCUGGAAAGUGAGUGGUGCUACAUAGAGGGUAGCGGCAAGAUGGAUAGGAAAGUGCUCUCUCAGAUGGUUCUUUCCCAAUACCUGUUUCUGGACGUGGAGGCCGGCAGAAUGAUUAGUCGCGACCGGUUUUCCUACUGGGUCAGCCAAUUCCCCAAGACGUUUUACGACAGGCUUAGUUUUAGGGAAUUACGGCAGGGAAUGAUUGGGUUGGUGCGUAAAUAUGUGGAUGACGGCCAAGCAAUGAAAGGAGCGUUGUGGGAGGCCGUCCGCGAGCUUUCUGCCGGCCAUUCAAUGCAAACGGGACUGCAGGUAUAUGGAGUGGAUAAGUUUUCCUUUGAAGGAGUUUCUGCGUCCACGGCUCAUGGCAUGCAGCGAGUGUUAAGCGAGCAAUACAUCAAAUGGGCCGAUUUAGCCGAAGAGGGCAGCGGUGGAGCUGAAGCGGCGCAGCUCGUAGAAAAGAGGCCAUUUGUCCCGCAGUUUCGUAGGAUCACAGACCUCAGCCUCGCCGGUCAGGAGCUCUACGGAGAAGCGUUCCAAUUCAGGAGUGCUGAGCAGCUGGAGGCUGCUUCUUCCGUAUACCUUUCCGAUGAACGUGUGCUCGCGAUCCAGGCCCCCACUGGAUAUGGCAAGACUCUUCUCUUUGAGCUGCCUCUAGUGUGUUUCUCCGUGAAAAAAGUGGCUGUGGUCUCAUUUGUGUUCGUGCCGUACAUCGCACUACUUGCUGGCACGACUUCGAGGCUAAAGAAGAAGCUGCAUGUGGGUAAUGUGGCAUCGCUAUUGAUGGAGCGUCCGUACGGUGAGCACACCUUUGCCGAUGUGUAUGUGGGCACAUUUGAUGAUCUGUGCAAAUCCGAAUUCAAGGAUUUGGUGAACCACUGGGAGCAACGCAUACGCAGUGCGUCUCUGGGCCUCCUUGUAGUGGACGAGUUCCACAACCUGAGCGAUGAGAUGAGUUUCCGUGGAAAGCAAUUUGCUCGAUUGAAAGAGGUUGACUACCAACAGUUUUGGAAGGUGGUGUUGCUGACAGCGACUGGGGCCAAUGGGUCUGCUGCGUCGUCUGUCAAAAUUCUUGGGCUAAACAAGACACUCAGGGAGAAGGAUGCGUUAGAGAAGGAGCACAACGACUCAAUUCGGCUUUCGAACUACAUCAAACAGCCACCGUUGGGUCAUGUGUUCAAGCACCGUGAAACCCUCCAGGACGACGGCGUGAGCCAGGUGCUGAUCUAUUUGCGAAGGAUGUUCAAAUUCGACCCCAAUGCCAAAGCAGCAGUGGUUCUAGGGCAGCGAGAUGCGGUGGAACCCUUAUUCUGUAGUGUGAAUGAGGAGUUCCGAACGACGUACCUGCAUGGGAAGCUCACAACGGAGCAGAAGGUGCAGCGGACCAACUUGUUCAUCGAGGAUAACAGGUCACAGGUUCUGAUAGGCACGAAGCUGGUAUCACAGGGCCUGGAUGUGAGUGCUUUGAGGAUGGUGAUCAUCUUUGACUACGGACCAAAUAUAUCAGAGUACAUCCAGUGCGUGGGAAGGAUACGGACUGGCGGAGUUGCGGUUCACCUGCACGGUCGGAAGCGCAGUGGCUGUAUUACGCAAGAGAUGUGUGAUUAUUAUAAGUUGAAGUACGAAGGACACCAGGGCUGUUGUGCGGAUUUCUCGAGUGUGUCGAAAGAGACUCACGAGUUGUUUAGGCACGUAGUGCUUGGGCGGGACGAGUCGGAGGAAGUAGUGCUUGGGCGGGAC